AGUCAGGUGGCGCCAUCUUGGUGCUUCCGGAAGUCAGCGGUGUCGCCGGUGUCCCGGAGACUCGGAGAGGAGGAGGAGAGCAAAUGGCGGACGAGGAUGAGGAUCAGACGUUUGAGGAGGAGAAUGACGAGGCGGCGGGAGGUGCGGAAGGAGGACAGGGGCGGAGGAAGAGACUCUUCUCUAAAGAGCUGCGCUGUAUGAUGUACGGUUUCGGGGAUGACCAGAACCCAUAUACGGAGUCUGUGGAUAUUCUGGAAGACCUGGUGAUAGAGUUCAUCACAGAAAUGACCCACAAGGCUAUGUCUAUUGGGCGACAAGGCCGAGUCCAGGUGGAGGACAUCGUGUUCCUGAUACGGAAGGAUCCACGCAAGUUUGCCAGAGUUAAAGACUUGCUCACCAUGAAUGAAGAGCUAAAGCGAGCCAGAAAGGCGUUUGAUGAAGCAAAUUACGGUUCUUGAGCGACGCGGCGGCCCACCGGAGCCUGUGCUGGGGGGUAGCGGUUGUGUGACCUCUCCAUCAGCAAUCCGUCUGUAAGGGGAAAUAAAGACACGUUUUAUAUUGAA